AUGGUGGAACUCAGGAAGCGCAAGGCACCGGCCAACCCUCCGGUCCCAGAGAAAAAGACCAAAGCUCCCAAGCCUCAACCGGAUGUGGAUGCUGAUGUCGCGGCCGAUGUCGAUGUGGAUGUGAAGAAGAGCUCCAAGGUCCCUGAAGUGGAUGAUAUAAUCGACAUUGAAUCCUUCGGGGGCGAAGUGCAGACCAAUGAUGGCGAGACAACCUCCCUCAAGAAGCUCCUGGAUGAAAGUAAAGCUGGCGUGGUAUUCUUUACAUACCCCAAGGCCUCAACACCUGGCUGCACCAAGCAAGCUUGCUUGUUCCGUGAUAAUCACACCCAUCUGACCUCCUCUGGUCUUUCUAUUUACGGUCUUUCCGGGGACUCCCCCAAGGCCAACACCACGUUCAAGACCCGGCAAAACCUUCAAUAUCCACUCCUGUGUGACCCGCAGGCCAACCUCAUUGCAGCCAUUGGUCUUAAGAAAUCGCCCAAGGGCACCAUACGCGGUGUAUUCGCCGUUGAUAAGAAGGGUAAGGUCUUGCUCCGCGAGUCUGGUGGCCCCGAUGCAACUGUGGAUGCUGUUCAGAAGAUUGUUGCCAAUGCGCCCAAGCUCGAGGAAAAGGAAGCCGAGCCAGAAACUAAGCCCGAUGAUAAGGAUGAGAAAGAUGAGGCUGAUGGAUCCGAGUGA